UUUCCAAUCAAAAUGCAAUAAAAAAAAUUCAGAAUCGAAUAGGUGCAGAGAUGGCGACGAUGCGUGGACGCAUGCGCAAGGAGAUAGCGAUGCUGGAGAGUGAUCCACCUUUUGGCGUCAGCGCGUGGCCCAAAGACGACCAGAUCAACCGCCUGGAAGCUCAAAUUCUGGGUCCAGACGGGUCUCCGUAUGAGAAGGGUGUGUUCCAGCUAGUGAUCGACAUCCCGGAACGAUAUCCUUUUGAGCCGCCGAAGGUUCGCUUCGUGACACCCAUUUACCACCCAAACAUCGACGAUGCCGGCAGAAUUUGCCUAGACACACUCAAGAUGCAGCCCAAGGGUUCCUGGCUGCCGUCGGUCAAUAUCAGUACGCUCUUGACGACGAUUCGCCUGCUCAUGGCGGAGCCGAAUGCAGACGAUGGGCUGAUGCCGGAGAUUGCCGACAUAUUCAAACACAACCGUGAGCUGUUCAACAGAAAAGCAACCGAGGUGACCAUGCAGCAUGCGCGCAAUACACCAGUCCACCAACCUUCAGUUGAUAUGACUGCUAGAGACAACAUGAAAGACGAAGAAGAAGACCCUCCUACGCAGGAUACGCAGGCCACAGAAGCUCUUUCCCAACCUAGAGAGUCGGAAUCGUCAGACGACUCGUUCAGCGAUGGCGGUUCCUCUAGCGAGGAAGAAGAUAGUGACCCUGCAGAUACUGAAGAUAAUAAUCUCGACCCACCUACUAAACGAAGACGUCAAGUCUAGAUACGGCGAACAGAAAUCACUAUCAACAACCGUGCGUUCAAAGGGUAAUACAUGUAGUACUUAGUACAAAAUAAGCGACAGAUUCGACCAGUUCAAGAAGGAAAGCACGUUUGUUUCAAGUCUUUUCGGCUUGAACAAAAUUGUGUUGCUUCAGUUGCACAAACGUUAGAAGUUUGCUAGUACAAAAGUGCGUUG